AUGACAAGCGAUACGGAUGACGACAAUGAUACCAUCAAACUAGAGAUUAGCAAAGGCGAUAACCAAUUUUUCGAAAAAGGACUCGGUGCACUCUUAUCCAACCCAAACUUUUUGCUUCUCUAUGUGCCCGAAAAUGGAGCCAAAAUGCAAGUCAUACGACCUACUAGUGAUCCAUACCAUCGAAGGCGUAUGAUCAGAAGGAUUAAUGAGGCGGAGGGUAUUCCAUCUUUUUACUACGCGUUGUCGCAUCUUUGGGGGAUUACAGAAAACAACCGGCACUACUGGGACGAUAUCGGUGAAUACGUGAAUGACGAAGAUGGACAUCCAAUGAAACCUGUUUCGAUGCGACCUGAGAAACGCGAUACGUUACUUGCAUUGCUCAAGGACCACCUUGAUAGUUAUUGGUGGAUCGAUGUGCUGUGUGCACGUACCGAAACACCGUUGGAUAUAAUGGGCGACAUUUACGCUUGUUGCCUUGAAUGCAUUGCCAUGAUCGACUGUGAACCUGGUGUGAUAUCACAACUUCAUCAAAUGGGGGACUUUAAGAGAUAUCUCUAUAAAAGAUCUAUAGUCAAUUAUGAACCACAUGACAUCGCAGCUGCCAGGCAAGAUUAUGAGCAAUGCUACCGGUUCACAGGCCUCAUGUACAGAUUCAUACAAAGUCGAUGGUGGAAACGUGUGUGGACAUGGCAAGAGAUGGCUUUACCUUUUGGAGAGGUACGCCUUAUGGCGGAAACAGGCACUCACAAAGCUAUAAGCAGCUUGAUCACCAUGCGUGAAUUAGUUCGCAACUAUAAUCGCAUGUCAAGGAUUAUGCAGUGCGCAGAAUAUCACUGCUGGUGGACAAAAAGAUCCGAACGUCAUAGAACUACAAAGUUCAAGAGAAAGGCAGCUCUAGAAGAUUGGUAUUGCGAAGUAAGGGCUGCAAGAACAUACAACAGUGACCGUAUCUAUGAGCAGGACGUAAAGGAUUGGCUUUUCAAUCUAUUGUGGACAUGGGGCAAUUGCCCUCGGCGCUGCAUGGACCCUGUUGAUUAUGUCUAUGGUGUGCUUGGAAUAUUCCAGUUUGAGAUACCAAGAAUGGACAAUCCGGAUGCAGUAUGGAAGCUUUUCUUGUCUAAGAUGGACAAACUUGUGGAUGAACUUCUGGGUAGCUUUCCUGGGGACCCCAGGAGGAUUAGAAUCAGCGAUCGUGCUUACCAACUUGAUCUACGGAAAGCUAAAGACAUGGCCGAUGUAUACAAGAACUUGUUAUUAGAGUCCAAUAUUCGAUACUCACCAGAGGAAAUCGUUCAGUACGAAUAA